AUGGCAAAGGUUCACCGCCUGGUCGAGAUACAGACAGCGAUGCAAGACCGAACUCUGAUCAAAAGAUGGCGAAUGAGAAGUAAGUCGACGAGAGCAGCAUGGUAUUUAACUUCUCUGCACCCAUGCAAAUCUCUCAUCGCCCAUCAUGUUAUUAGCAUGUCCGGCCCGGGAGACAGCUGUCGACGACUCGACGAGUCCUUGGAGUGGAUCAUCAUUGCUGACGGCCCGGACGCUAAGUAUCAGACGCGGUGCUGUGAUACAAGGAUACAGCGGCAAGGUCGCCUCGACCUCAGGCUGGAUUCCGGAUGGCGGUACGAUUGGCCACACUCUGCUGUUCCGGAAGCUAGCCACGGCCCGCGACUAGGUAGAUCUGCUGUCGGUGAUGUGACGAUUGGCUUGGAUGAUCAACUGCGGGUCUUCAUGCUCAAGUUCCGGGCACCUCAGUCCGUGCACAACGCUGACCGCAAAUUCCUGGGCGAGCAGAGUUGUGCGACUGCACGUCAAUGCAUAAAGAGACGUCAAAGUCCUCAGGAGUUCAUGAAUAGGAAGGCCACUUAUGGCCAUCCGUCGACUUCCUCAGCCCUCUUUGAGUCUGCACCUGCCCGUUCGUUCACGCCAGGAUCCGGGUUAAGGCUGGCAUCAAAAGGCGCGAUGCAUAGCGCCGGAAGCGGCAGUGCUUGGAGUGCGAACGCGGCAGAGCGGAAGGUUUUCUGGUGUUACCUGUCGACUCUCGUCUCCACGCUGUGCUCCUGGAGGUUGGGUAGAAAUGCAGAUGAAAAGGGCCUCCGAUCUCAGUACGACCCUGGCUGGCUAGGCGGACACGAGGAUCGAUCGAAGGACCGGGUACAAGAGCGCGUCGUGAGACCAUGGUGUGCGACUAACGCAUUGACAGGCCUGUGGGCGGCUCAGCGCUUCUCGAUGCAGACCCGCGCGUCAAUAUGCAACGCAAGAUCAUCGGGUGCACUGGAGGUGAGUGUAGCGCAAUGUCAAGCAGCAGGUAAAGCGAUGCUCAUGCAAGAGGCUGCCAGAAUCGCCAAGGGUGUACGGUGGAGACUUGCGCCAUUCCCGGCGGCGGCGGCGGAAAACUCUUCGACCCGCGCGGCUUCAGCACGGCACAUGCAAGGGGCGGGGCGGGGCGGGGCAGGGCAGGGCAGGGCAGAGCUCAUGCGCCACGAUGAGCUUGCGCACCUGCUUGCGAACCGGGUAUCCAAUCUCGACUCGGCGGCGUUGCUCGACUCUGGCGUUGAGAUGAAAAUGAUAUUUUGGAUUCAAGAACAAGCCCAUGUAAAUCGUCGCGUUAAUCGGCACCAACAUCACCGCGGUGGACGCGUCUAUCCUUCAAUGAUGGCGGAGCACGACAGCUGUACGGAGGAUAGACGGCGUUUCCAAGAGCCCGGGGGCGAAUUGGGGGUCAAUCAGAAACACCACCAAGAGAAGGCGGAGGCAAGAACACAACUAGUGGUGCUCCGUCGUGUGCAGUCAUUCCAACCAACUGCAAGCUAUCUGGUAAUGUGGCUAGCUGGCCACCGUGUACACCUCCUCAAUUACGAUCUUGUAAGACCCAUCCGUGUCCCCAUCAAUACCACACAGCAAGUCCAUCGCCUUGCUCAGAAAGGAGUGCCAGUCCAUACAUGCAUUGCUCGCCUCUCGUGUUCCGUGGAACAAUAUGCUCGCUUCAAGAACUGCCAUCGGGGUCGUGAGAAAAGGAGUGUACGGGAUGUUCGUUUUGAGUGCAGGACUGUUCAAGCGCCCACCCAAGUCGGGAGCAGACCACGCUAUAACGCCUCCGCCAAGCUGAAAUAGAAAGCCUUUUGAUGCUACUCUCAAGUUGUCCAAAUUUAAAGCAGACCGAAGAUGGCAGCCACAACACCGAGCACACCAGUAGCACCUGGAAUGAGCAUUGGGACGGCUGCGCUCGAGGAGCUGCCGCUUCCGGAUCCAGAGUUGGUGCCGUCUGGGAGAGUGCCAGCACCACCUGGGUGGGACUGCUCGCCGCUGCAAGUGUAUUGGCCCUUGAUGACGUUGUUGGAGCCUGCAAGCCCCUGGAAGUGGUUGCAAACAUUGUCGAGGUUCUCGGUGGACUGGAGGUUGAAGGCACCACGGACGUCGCCAAGUUUCGGAAGCG